AUGCAGGAGGCGGAACCUUCCGCUGUUGCCACAACUGUCAAGUCCUCGCUCGCCUCGCUGAGGAGUAUUCAGCACAAGGACGUGUUUGGGAACCCAAUUCCCGAACCCGACCGCUCAAACCCGACCCGCAGUCGGUGGGAACGCCCUCUCGAUACCAUUCGCAGCUUUGAGGCGGCGAUUGACGGCGGGUACAACAACCGGAGGUCCAUCAUUCGCCCAGAUGGAAACGGCGGCCGAUUCAACCACGACAGUUACUAUGGUAGCCGUCCACCUUCGAUGAUGUAUACCAACCGCGCGGAUAGCAGUCUUCCUGAUCUAAGGUCGAGCGGCAUGGGGCAACGUGACAGCUAUUACGAGCAGCAACCAGGGUAUGGCGGUUACGGGGGUCCGGCGCCGAACGGUCGACGGGGAUGGCCGAGGAUGGCGUCUGAACCGUAUUACGGCGCUUCUUAUAGACAGCAACAACACCAACAUCAACAUCAACAGCAGAUGGACUAUUCGCUCCCGAGCAACCACCGGUCGUACGAGACGGUGACGACUGCUGCCGGGAGUGGUUCUUCGGCGGAACCAGCGGGCUAUCAUACCGAUCCCACCAGCAGCGACAACAGCUCGGUAGAGCGCGUGCAAUCCUCGGUACCCCGACGACAGCCGGAACCGGUGAACGAUUAUGUCAUCGGCUUCAGUCAAAGCCCAUCGUACCAGGGGGCUAGUUUUGCAUUGAGCACGGGAGGCGGUGGAGGUGACGGCCACAACAACAACAACUACCAGGCGGGCGGUGCGCACGGCCACGGCAACCCUCCACCGCCGGUCCCGCGGAAAGAUGUGGGAGGGACGCUGAGAAAACCAGUCUCCAACCCUAUUCACCAGGCUCAUCAGGCUCCGCCGGCUCAGCCUGAGAAACGGAAGAGCUGGUUUGCACGACGGUUCAGCAAGCACGGAUAG